AUGACAGAAAAAGCAAGUGCAGAUGAUUUUCAAGUUCGGGAUUUUCUCAAAAAGAAGAAGAGAAAACACAAAGAAUACAAUAAGAAACAUGAAAACGAUGAAAAAGAAAGUACACAAAAUGCAGAGCUUAGCCCUGCUUCUCCACUGCUGUUUGAAGAUCGAGCAGCACGGAGUGGUGAAGGCUGUAAAAAGAAGAAAAAACCCAAAACCAACGGGGAGAAGCAACAGUCUUCAGUAGAUAAUUCUUGUGUAGGACUGGAACAUGAAAUUAGUAAUGAAACUGGAGCGGAUACUUCCCAAAAGAAAAAGAAAAAAAGGAAGCGGAAGUAUAACGAUAGUACAGGUGAGCAAAGCGAUGUAACUUGUGUCACAGUAAAUCAGCAUGGCAGUGGUAGUUGUGAAGAGAUCGAUGCUGAUUACGUUUAUUUAAAACAAUCUGUUAAGAAGAAAAGAAAACAGAAAUUGUCUGAAGAGGAUGAGGUACACGAGCUGCCUACCUCAGAAACAUACGAUAAAAAUGACAAUAGAAGAUCAAAAAAGAAAAAGAAGAAGAAAAGAGGCCGUAGUACCCAAGAUAUGCAGGAAGACGCAGAUGUAACCGUUGGCCAGUCACUGUUGUCAUCUCCAGAGCAAAACAGGCAAGAGGAAGACACAUUCUUGCCCUCACCUGCAGAAGAGGGUGGUGUGGCAACGCCCCAGCGAUGGCAUGAAGAUGGCGACUGUGAUGCUUCUCCUGCCGUGAGUGAAGAUUCUAUGGAUGUACCUGCUAAUUUUUCCAAGCUGAAUAAAACAGCUGAUCAAUCUCCUCGAAAAACUCCAGUGCAUGCUAGAAAGGAAAAAAAAAGCAGCGCUUUUGUCAUGGAAGAAAGCUCUUCAGAAUCUGAUGUAAUGACACCGGAACCCUCGGCAUCAAACAGAAAUGAGGACCAGAAUAGUUCCUUUACUGAAAUGGCAGCCUCUGAUGAGCUUAGUCUGGAUGACGAAGAGUGCCUGGACUCUACUAUGUGUUCAGUCAUGGAUUUGGAUACUGCAAAACAAGAAUUGGAAGAGUUUAUUCCUCAUGUGAGGAAUAUAUCGGACAGUUCAAUCAGGAAGAUGGCUGGAAGAGACUUAGUGAGGUUUAAGCAGUUUAAAAAACAAGGUAUUGCUGUCAAGUUUGGCAGAUUUUCCCAGAAGGAAAAUAAUCAAAUCCGGAAAAAUGUUGAAGAGUUCUUAUCGAUUACUGGAAUAGACAGUGCUGAAAAACUCCUGUUUACCUCGAGGUAUCCAGAAGACAAAGAAACUAUCAAUCGCCUAAAAGCAGAACAUCUUUUUUGUGAAAAACUUUCUGAGGGCAUACCACGACCCUGGAGGCUGAUAUAUUAUCGAGCAAGGAAGAUGUUUGACCCAAAUAAUUAUAAAGGGAGGUACACUAAGGAAGAAAAAGAAAAGUUAAAGAAGUAUCAUGCUCUGCAUGGCAAUGAUUGGAAGAAGAUUUCUGAGAUGAUGUCCCGUUCUAAUCUCUCAGUUGCUAUGAAAUACUCUGAAAUCAAGUCAGCUAUUAAUUACGGUCCUUGGUCAAAGGAAGAGACCCAGAAGUUAAUGCAUGCAGUGGAGGAGGUGAUGAGGAAAAGAAUGGAAAUGGAAGAUGCCAAUUCUCUUUCAUCGUCGGAAAAGUCACAUAGAGAUCUCUUGAUUGACCGUGAGAAACUGUACCAGAAAUUACCAUGGACUGAGAUUGAAGCUAAAGUGGGAACUCGAUAUUGGAGACAAUGUAAACAGAAAUGGACUACAAUUUUAACAAGCAAGAUGACCAAAGGGCAGCAGUUAUAUAGGGGGACCAAAGGAUUACAGGCCAAGAUCAACCUUAUUAAAAGAUUGUAUGAAAUGAAAGCGGAGGAUGCUAAUGAAGUAAACUGGGAAGAACUCAGUAAUGCUAUUGGAGAUGUCCCUAGAGCCUAUGUUCAAGCAAAAUUUUAUAAGCUAAAAGUCACCUGUGUCCCUUUUUGGCAAAAAAAGACUUUUUCUGAAAUUGUUGAUUAUCUUUUUGAAGAGAAACUUCCAGAACUUGAAGAAAAGUUAGAAAAAAGGAAAGGGAAACAGCUCAGUUCUGACAAUUUCACAGCCAAGCAACAGAAGAAGGCUUUCCGACUCAGUGACAUUUUUGACUCCAGUGAAGAGAGCGAUUAA